UGCUUUAUCGACACAACGCAGAAGAACUAUGGCUCUUAAAGACAUUCAGGAUAAUUUCAAGCCAAACCCAUCAUCUCUUGAGGAGAUUCUGUCAAGCAAAUCAUCCAAUGAUGCAGACAGAAAGAGAUCAGAAACCAUGAUCAAAAAUCCUAAAUCCAUCAUUGGAGCUUUAGGUCGUCAAACCAGUUUGUCACGGUCCAAGUUGUCACAUCCUUGUCGUGUUGAGAAAUCUCGUGAUUUAAGAACAUCUCUUUAUACAGGUGCAUUGCGUGUUCCUCGGAAUAAUCCAAAAAACGAAUCUCGAAAGACAGUUGCCAAUGCGAUACCCAACCGAGCGUUAUCAACUAUUCGGGAAUCGACGAUUCCCCCGAAACGAGAAUUAUCAGCGAAAAAAAAUAUUAAGCAAUCACUCGCAACUAGAUAUUCGACGAUAAAGGAUAUUCCGAAGCAAGAUAUUUCAUCUACACGUGAUUUUUCUAAAUUAAGUUUAUCCACGACUCAGCAUAAUGUUAGACAAACCUUAGCGGUCACAUCUUCUGUAACACGGAAUAUUUCGAAACAAAAUUUGCCAAACGGUAAAAUUAAUUCGAAACGAUCAUUGAUGACCCCUUUCCCUGCAUUGAAUGAGGUAUCAAAAAAAGAAUUACCAAUAAGUCAAAAUGAUACAAGGCAAAUAUUUGCAGCCCAACAACAUACGGCAAUUCAUGAU